CCCUCAUACACAACUUUACCACCUAAGGAACCUAUUUUUAAGGCCACUCUAGAGAAAUUCCGUUGGAAAAGAAUCAGAGUCAGACAACAACCGCCGCUACCUCAUUAGCGUAAAUUUGGAAUUGUGAAUCGCGCUUGUCAGUCAAGACGAGGAGUUCUAGUCAAAUUUACUAACUAUACUCGAAAAAUAAGCAAACUAAGCAAAGCCCAUUUAGUCAAAAUAUACAUCUUAAUGAAUAAAGAUUUAGCACCUAGUUGUUUUCGAGCACCCAUCAAAAACUAGAUAUCAUAAGCCUUAUCAAUUGACGGAAAAAAGAAGUGAAUGAAGUGUUGCAAGGGAAACUUUGGUAAGUAAUUUCAUAUUGAGGCACGAUCGGAUUGGGGAUGAUAAUCAAUCAGCAAAGUCUGGACAGAGAUUUGCCGCCUUAUCUGAGGCUUUUUGGGGCUGAAGAUUUUGGCGCGGAACCGCAGACAACGACCAGACAGUAGCCCCUUCAACAAACGUGCUGCAAGAAGCUUAUAAAAUAAACCGAAAUCGAAAACCAGCUACCAGAUUAGAGAGUCUCGGUUCGCGAGUCUUUUGGCCCGAUAAGACCUGGCUAUAAAAGAGGCCCGGUUUUCGGAUUCAGACAUGAGAGCACAAUUCACCAUGCAGAAGAGCACAGCACAGAUGAUCAUCGCAGUCUGUCUGAUCUGUCAAUCUUUGGCAGUGGAGGAUAAGGAUAAGGCAACAAAGCCCAUAAAUAUAGACAGUGUCCAAAAACAUAAUGUCAAGCUACUCAGCGAGCAACUGAAUCGCGGUUGGCGAGCCUUCUGCGAUGCUCCUGUGGAUGAGGGUGUGAUGUCCCUGUUUCAGGGCAUCAAUCCCAGCGAUGCACGACUCCAUGUGAUGACCAUUACCAAUCAGAGUGUAGAGCUGCCCAUUAAGUCCAUAUCUCAGAUCAAGGAUUUCGAUAUCAAUCCGGAGCGUAAGACCCUCAUCUAUGUGAAUGCCUUCCACACGGCCGAUAGCUAUUUUAGUGUGCAAGAGCACUUGACUCUGCUGCAAAACAGCAGGAGGGAUCUCAAUGUAAUAGUGGUGGAUUUCGCAAAUGAUGUGGCUCAAUUGUACUAUGCAGUGCGUCAUCAUCUCUCCGUUAAUGGCUACUUCGUUUAUAAGCUGGUGAGAGCUCUGAAGGAUGCGGGCAUUGCCGUGCAGGACAUCACUUUGGCAGGACACUCGGUGGGUGCUAACAUAGCCGCACUGGGUGCCCAACUUUUUGCCAAAGAAAACAAACAAUUGGUGGGUCAACUGUUGGCCAUCGACCCAGCCACCAUGUGUCGCACCACCGACAUUUUGGUUAAACAAAGUGUGGCUUCAAGAGUGGUGGUGCUGCACGGGGAGGGGGAUGUUUUUGGGGUGAGAGUGCCACUGGGUCACAUCGAUAUAUAUCCCAAUGGCAUUGGAUACUUCCCGAGGAGGAAACUGCAACCUGGCUGCGAGUCCAAGAUCUGCAGUCACAUGUAUCCAUUUAUUCUGUUCAUGGAGGCUCUCAUCGAGGGUGUGAUGAUCCCAGCUACCAAGUGCGAGAGUUGGGCUAAGUUCCGACAGGGCGAUUGUAAUUUCCAGAAUACCAUCAACAUUGGACUCAUCUACCCAGCGAAUGCCAAGGGUCUGUACUUCUGCAUGACCCAACCGAAUCCUCCAUUCACCUAUAUGGAACAUGGACUGCGCUACAAGGCGAGACGUCCUGAAAAUAACCAUAUUAAGUAUUAGUUUUAGCUAUUAUAAUUGUAAAUGUUUUUUAGUUCAAUAGGUAAUUUAUUUAUUAAAGUAAGUGCUUGUAAGAUAA